AUGGUUCCACAUCAGGUUAUUACAGGUGCUAUCAAUAUUAAACAUUCACCAUAUAGUGUGGGAUAUAAAAAUGGACUUCCAUUUAUUGCAAGCUGUGUUGGUCGCGAUUUAGUAAUAUUAGAUAAAGAUUUAAAUAGAAUUCAAUUAAUAUCAAACACAUUUUUAGAUGAAGAUAAAAGAUCAGCUCGAAUUUCUGCAAUUAAUUGUUGUCAGGAAAGCGGAAAAAUUAUUUCCGUUUAUGGUACUACAAUUGCCUUAUUUGAACCAAAAAUUGGUGAUUCUAGAGAUAAUGAGUUAGAUAUGAAAGAUGAAUGGAAACUUGUUCGCAAAUUUGAAAGUAAAGAUACCGUUAAAGCUAUUUCAUGGGCAUUAGAAGGAAAUAGAAUUAUACUGGCUACAGAUAGUGAAUUAAAAAUAUUACAAGCAAGACCAAAUAAACAAAAUCAAAAUGUUAAUUUUACUAUUGAUUAUGAACAUGACAAUUCAACAAAAUAUGAUUUAUUAUGGAAACAAACAAUAUCUUCUCCUAUAAGAUCAAUUUCAGUUAGUAGUGAUUCAAUGUUUUUUGCAACAUGUGGUAAAAAUGAAACUAUUGUUAAAAUAUGGUAUCAAGUUCCAUCAGAUAAUAAUAUAAAUUCAUUUUAUUCAGGAAACUUUAGUUUUACUCAAUUAGCUCAUCCUGAUGUUGUUACAGGAUUUGAAUGGAGAGCUGUUUCAAAGGAUGUUCCAAGAAAAGGGAUACAAAAUGCAAUUAUAACAUAUUGUAAAGACAAUGUUUCUCGUAUAUGGAAAGAAAAUGUAAUUAAUGAUUUAUUUUAUUUAGACAUAUCUGGAGAAAGUGGUGAAUUUAGUUGUGUUGAUAAAAUUAUUAAAAAAAGAAGUGUUUUUAAAAAUUUUGGUAUAAAAGGAUUAAAAUUAAAAAUGUUAAAUAAAAUUGGAAAACUUGUUUCAGAAAAGAAGAAAAUGAGUGGAAAAAAUUUUCAUUUUAAUAUAUGUUCAAAUAGUGGGUCAACACAAGAUUUGAUGAGUAACACAAUACAAUCAAGUAAUGUAACAUUUUACCUUACCACAUCACUUGAUGUUGAAAAUGACUCAACAAUAUGUAGAUCACUAAGUAAUAAAAAAUUAAAACUUUCUAAGCCACUUACUAUUCAUUGGUUGAAUAAUAAAGAAAUUAUUUUUAAUAUGGGAUUUGAAAAAAUAUUAAUGGAUUCAUUGAAAGAACUUAAUGAAUCAAUAUUUAAUGAUGAAAGUAAAAUUAAAAAAACAGAUCUUUUAAAUAUUGAAGAAACAACUCCUGAAAAAGAAAAUAGUAAAAAGUCAUUAAGUGUACCAUCACCAUUUCAAACAGAUUUAUAUUCUCCUAGUGUAUCAUCAGAAAAUUUUAUAUGUAAAGAUUCUUUAGAUUUAAAACUUAAUAAAUUACUAUCAGAAUGGAAAAAUGAAAGUGAUAUAUUAUAUGCAAUUCAUCCUGUUGAUGGUUCAUUAAUAACAUGGAAUUUAUUAAAUUUAGAUUCAACUGAAAAUAAAAUAGAUAAUAAAUUAAUUUCAAGAACACCUAAUGUUUUUCCUGUUGCUGAUGCUUCAACAAUAAAAUCUGAAAUUCAUACAUUUAGGCAUCAUAAUAAUACUCUUCUAAUGGAAAUAUUGCAAAAAACAAUUACACAAACGGACAAAGUCCCAAUUUCUGAUGAUAAUUCAGAAACAUUAUCUGAUAGAAGUUCCACACCAAUAACAAAUGAUAAAAUUCUUGAAGCAGCAAAUAAAAAAUUUAAUGAUACUAAAGAAAUAACCUUAAAAAAAGUUCUUGGCUUAAAUUCACUUUCUGUAUUAACAUCUCAUGAUAAUGGAACAUUAAAUUUAUGGAAAAUGUCGCUUGAAGAAAACUCAAAUUUUAAAACAAUAUCACAUGUUCGACAUGUUGUAAGAAUGUGUGGUCAUCGUUAUGAUGUUUCAGAAAUUGUACCUCAUCCUACUUUACCGCUUGCAAUUACAACAAGUAAAAAUACAAAUGAUGGAUUAAAAAAUUCAGAAGAAAAUGGUGAAUCUGAAUUAAUUUUAUGGAAGAUAAGUCCUGUUGGUCAGUUAGCUAUUAAUGGUGGUAUAAGUGAAUUAGCAAGAAUUAAUUCAAGAUGUAGUAAUUGUUUUGAAAAAACUGCUUGGAUACCACAUGUUAUAACAUCAUCUAAUAUGGGAAUUCUUUCACCAAGUUCAUGUUUUAUUUCAAGUGUUGAUGGAAAAUUAGAAAUAUUUCAAUGUAUUAUAGAUGCAAGAAAAAUUUUAUCUAAAAUGCAACAACCUGUUGAUGAUAAUUGUAAAAAGGAAAAAGAAAGAAAAUUGAGUAUUACUUCUGAAAAUGAAACAAAAUAUUCAAUAAUAACAGAUGACUUUAGUGAUGAUAAAAAAUGUUCCUCAUCUGAUGAAGAAAAUGAAGAACAUUUUAAUGAUAAUAAUAAAAGUAAUAAUUAUUUUGACAUCAAUAAUACAGGAAUAGAUAAUGAAGAUAAUUUAGAAAAAAUUUUAGUAUCUACACAAUCUGCAUCUAAACCAGGUUGUAUUGGUUUAAUAAAAAUUCUUGAAGAUUCUGAACAUGAUCCUAAUGAUAUUAUACUCCUUCACGUAUUUACUCCUCAUUCUUUAGCAUAUAAAAAUAAUGAUAAAGAAAUAUAUAAAACAAAAAAUUCUAAUACAUUUUAUGUUUUAUUUGUUCUUAAAAAUCCAAUUGAUCCAUUAAAACAAAUAUGGAAAAUUUGGUCAAUUAAUAUUAAAACAGAUGAUGCAAAAAAUUUACCAAAUGAUUUUUAUACAUAUUCAACAGCAUUUUCUGUUAAUAUUACCUCAAAUUUAGUAUAUGAAAAAAAUUUUAAUAUUAAUAAUGAUGAUACAUUAGAAUUAAUUAGUUUACAACCUAUGGCUGAUCAUUUACCAUCAUCAAAUUUAUAUCCUGCAUGUCAACCACCAUUUUUAUUAAUUGGAAAUUGUAAUGAUAAUACAUUACAUUUUUAUAAAAUAAUUGUUGAAGAUAAAAAUGAUUCAUAUAUAUUUGAUUGUAUUGAAGAAUCAAUGGUUGGUGGUGAAGAUUCAUUUAUUUAUAUUGAUGGAAAAAUUAUUUCUUCUAAAGCUGCUAAUGGUGAAAGAUUUGCAAUUGGAUAUUCAUCUUUUAAUAAAAUGUAUAUAAGUGUUUAUGAAUGUGAAAGUACUGGUGGUGUAAAUUGGCGCCUAGAGGAUUCAUUUUUACUUAGAACAUAUGACAAAGAAUGCAAACUUCAAACUACUGGUUCUGCUGUUCUUUUAUCAAAUAAUGAUGAAAAUGUCAAAUUAGAUUGGGUAUCAAUGGAAGAUGGGGGUUAUAUUUUAACAACAUCAUUUAGAAAUGAAAUAUUAUUUUAUACAUAUAUGUCAUAUGAUUUAGCACAACAAAAUGUUAUUACAAUGCAAGAUCCAACAGAAAUGGGAAAAGGACACUUAGUAAGGCAACCAUCAGUCAAUCCUACUCAAUUUAAAAUGUCACUUCAAAAGACACAUUGGAUUUGUAUAAGACAUUUAGAAUUACAUUCUGUAAAUUGUAGAAAACCUCAACCAACAGCAGUUUCUUGGGUUAGAGAUGGAUUUCUUGUUGUUGGUAUGCCAAGUGAAUUAUUAGUUUAUCAUCAAUGGAAUUUUAAUAAUGUUGAGAAACCAGAAUUAAAAAAUAAUAUUAAUAAAUUAUUAGAUAAAGAAAAACAAGAAAUGACAUUAAGUAGAUCAUCAGCAAUGUUCGAUCAAUUACAUAAAGCAACAUUUACUGAUAAAAGUGGUCAAAGUAGUAUGAAAAAAAUAGUAUCUAAAAUUUUUAAUGAAGCAGAUUUUGAAAAUGAAAUAAUAAAUAGUGGAAAAAAUAAAAAUUUAGUUGAAGAAAUUAAGGAUAAUGAUACAAAUAAUAUAUUUAAAUUAAUUAAUGAUGUUGGUAUUUUUGAAGCAGGACGUUUAGUUAAUCCUAUGUUACCACAAUAUCAUCCAAAACAAUUAAUUGAUAUGUUAAAUGCUGGACAAUUAGGAUGUGUUGAAGCAAUAUUAGUAAAUGUACUUCAAGAAAUAAGGAGAAAUAAAAAUCCACCAUUAAAAAAAUUGAAAAGAAAAACAUCUGUUAGAAUUCGAAGAAAAGACAAUAGAAAAUUAUCACUUUCUAAUGAAGAUGAUAUGUUUAAUGUUGAUAUUUCAGAUAAAGAAACAGUUGCAUUAAAAGAUGAGACAUUAGAUUAUGAUGAAAUUGAAGGAUUUGCUCCUAUUCCAUUACAUGAAUUAUUAAAAAAUCAAAAUAUUAAAUGUUCUAUGAUUGAUAAUGUAGAAGAUUCAACAAAUAUAUCUAAACCAACAUUAGAAAAUCAAGUUUCAUUUAAUGAACCAUUAUCAUCAAUUGUUGAUAGUGAAAAAAAAUAUGACGAUCUUUUUGAUGAACCAACAGGAGUUUAUCAAGAAUCAAUACAUAGUGAUGAUUUCAAUAUUUUAGAUAGUAGCGAUGAAGAUGAUAUUGAAGAUGAAGAAGAAGAAGAAAAGGAAAAAGAAAAUAAAGUAGAAGAUAAUGAAAUUAUUGAAAAUGAGACAAAUAAUAUUAAAAAUAUGUAUAAUAUUAAUGAAUCACAACCUAAAUUUACAAAAUCUGAUAAUGAAGAAUUAACCACUUUUUUGAUGCAUUCACACUUACCUGGAUUAUCAAGUUCUGAUCAAAUUCAAUUAUUAGCAAUUGCUGAUACUAUAUGUUAUAUUAAUAGUAAAGGAAGUUAUAAUAAUAUGGAUACAUGUGGUGUAAAAUUUUCAAUUGGUUUUAAACAACAUUCAUUUUUAAUGAAUGGUCAAUCAAAAUUAAAUAAAGAAAUUAUUAAAAAAAAGGGAUUAUCUACAGCUAUAAUGGCAUGGGCAUUUCAUUCAGAAUCUGAGAAUGAACUUUUAAAUGAAGUUUUAUUAAGUCUUGGAUCACAAUAUGAUUGGAAUGAUUUAAAAUCAUAUGGUAUAGGAUGGUGGGUUAAAAAUUCAGCUAAUUUAAAAAUUUGUUUUGAAAAAUUAGCUCAACAAGCUUUUCAAAAAAAUAAUGAUCCAAUGGAUGCAUCAUUAUAUUAUUUAGUACUUAGAAAAAGAAAUGUAAUAGCUGGUUUAUUUAGAAAUAAAAAUGAACAUUCUAAAGCAACAUUUUUUUCAACUGAAUGUAAAACUGAUAAGGAAAGAUCUUUUGCUCAACGUAAUGCAUUUAGUUGUAUAUCUAAAGGUCAAUUUGAAAAUGCUGCAGCUAUCUUUUUAUUGACAAAUGAUAUAAGAAAUGCAAUAAAAGUUAUUGUUGAAAGAUUAAAUGAUAUUCAACUUGCUUUAGUAGUUGCACGUAUAUAUAUUUUACAAAAAGAUGAACAAGAUGCAAUUAUUAAAGAAUUAAUAUUAAAACAUGUUUUAGGAAUUACAGAAAAUGAACUUGAAAUGUGGCAUUCUAAAGGUAAAUUAAGAGAUGCCAGUGAAUUUUCAGAUCCAAUUGCAUAUAGUAAAGAUGCUCUUAAAGAUCCAUUUGUUAGAUCAAUGGGUUUCUUUUUAAUAAAAGAAUAUUUUUUAAGUGCUCAUACAUUGUUAAUGGAAGCAAAAUUAAAUAUUAAUUUUGAGGCUGCUAUUGGUGGUGGUGAAGAAACAGAAAGAAGUUUACCUGAUAUAUAUAAUCUUUUUGUUUAUUUAAGAAAUCAUACAUUAGUAUCACUUCAACGAAUUAAUAUUUCUGGAUUAAGAACAAAAGCUGAUACAUGGGAAAUGUCUGAAUGGUAUAAACGUGUUAUAACUGUUAGUGAAAGACGUUUAUACUUUAGAACUGUACAUAUACAUUUAACUUCUGGUUGCCCUUUUCUUGCACUUAAUAUUCUUAUAACAUUACCAAAAAAUAUUGAAAGUGUUGUUGCUGAUUCUAGUUGUUUAAGUGAUACUUUUUCAAUGAAAUAUUUAAACAAAAAUUUAUCAACUAACAAAACCUCAUUUUGGAGUGGAAAUGAUCAAUUUAUACAAAAAAUGACUUUUAUAAGCUGUUUAAAAAUGUUUAUUGAUGAAAUUUCUAAUGUAAAAUGUAAUGUUUCUAUAGGUGGUGCUAAUAUGAGAUUUGAAGUAUUAAAAUUAAUUGAAAAUGACAUAAAUGUAUUAAAAAAAUUAUGUCAAUAUAAUAUUACAUCAACAAAUAUUAAUAAUUUUUCAAAUUAUAAUAAUAAUUUACAACAAACAGAUACAUUAACAAAAGUAAGAACACAAUUUCUUAUUUCACAUCAAAAUAUAAUAAGAAGUUUUGCAAGUUAUUGUGCAUUAUAUAGUUCACAUAAACAAUCAUUAACAUCUGUUCAAAUUGAAUUAUUAUUAUUACUAUUAGAAGUUCAACAAGGUGAUUAUUUCUUAAGAUUAACAAAAGAUGAUAAUGAAUAUAAAUUUCCAUUAUUAUCAGCUUCUUGUUCACCUGCUAAAAUGGCAGCACAAACUCCUAUAUCAUUUAUUGAAGAACAAAAUAAUGAUAUUAUGGCAACAUUAUUAAGUUUAGUAAAUCCACCUAUUAUUGGUGAAGGUAUAAGUGAUGCAAUAAAUAUGUUAAGUAUAGCACAAGGAUUAUCAACAUGUCUUUUUCAAGUUUUAUCUGAUUUAGAUGUACAAAAAAUUGUUAAAGAUAAUGAUUAUUUAAAUUAUACAUUAAUUAAUUGUCUUUCUAAGAUUAAAUUUCCUUCAAUUGAUAGAGAUGUCAAUACAUUACCAUCUAAAUGGCCAGGAGUUACUAAUUUAUCAAAUAUAAUAAAUAUUGAAAAAGAUGAUGAUUCACCAGCAUUAAAUAUGCUUAUAGCUGAAGUAUAUAUUGCUAUAAAUAUGACAGUUUUUUGUUAUUCAUUAGCUGUAUGUGAUGCAAAGUUACUACUUAAAGUAAUAGGAAAAAAAUUAACAAUUGAAGAUUUUGGAAAUGUUUUUGGAGGUGGUGGAUCACAAGUAUUUAAAUCAAUAUCUGAAAUAUUAAUGAAUACUGAUAAUACAGAUGAAUUAAAUAAAGUUAAUGAAGAAGAAUCUAUUAAUAGUGAUAAAAACCAAUUAAAGAAUGGUGAAGAACAAAUAUCAACUACAGGAGAUAAACCUUUAACAGUUAAUGAUAUGCGUGUAUUUAGUACAUAUUCAGAAAUUAUAGGUAUACGUACUGAGAUAGAUAGAAAAAGAUCAGAAAGACCUUAUAUUUAUCAAAAAAAUAUUACUACUAAUAGUGAUGUAAUUAUACAAAAAAUUUCAUCACCUGGACGUUUAGGAAAUUUAUAUAAUCCAUUUUAUUCAUCCACUAAAGGUAAUAAUUCAGUUUCUUUUGAAUCACAAAAAUCAUUUUCUGAAGAACCUAAAUAUGGAUGGAUUCCUCCAAAAAAACAUGUUUUACAGUAUCUUUUUGAUAGAACAAUUAUAAGGAAUGGUGAAUCAUUGACUGCUGAUGUUAAUUUAGAUAAAGAAAAAAUUGAAGAAGCAAAAUAUGAUGAAUUUGGAGAAGAAAUAACAGAUUUUCCACAUUUAACUCCCUAUGGUUAUGCAUGGACAUUACUUCGUCUUGCUUCUGUUAAACUUCAAAAGAAAAGAAUUGAAGAAUUUGUUAAUCUCUGUGGUAUUGAUAUGGAACAAAUAUCACGUCAUUCAUCAAAUAUAGAUAAUAUAUUAAAAUUACUUGAUGUGUGGCAAUAUAAUAUUGAAUUAAAAAUGCGAUCAUUUGUUGAUGGACCACCAAGUAAUUUAUUACCAAAUAUGGCAAUGGAUGAAUAUGACAAGAGUAAAUUUGUUUCAUUUAAUGAAAAAUAUCGUAGUUUAUUUAAUGAAAAAAAUACACCAUUUGAAGUAGUUGAUAAUUUAUCAUUUGCAGCAAAUAAUCUAUGGAAAUUUUUAGUUGGUACAAAUGAUUGUACUGAUUUAUUUGUAAGAUAUAUUUAUGGUUCAAAAAUUCAAAAUAAUACUGAAUCAUCACAACAUAAAGAUACAAUUGGUUCAAUAGGACCAAAUGGUGUAACUUCAAAUUGGGGUACCUCAAAAAUAUUUAAAAUAAUUCAUAAAGAACAAGAACCAAUAGUAACAUUUGCUAUAAAUAGAAAAAAUACUAAUCAAAUUGCUAUAUCAAAUGGAAGAGAAAUACAAGAACUUGAUAUACAUUCAAUUUUUGAAGAAGAUGAAAAAGAAAAUCUUGGUAAAACAAAUAUUCUUUUUAAUCAACCAGAAAUUGAUAUUGUUUUAAAUAAUAUUACAUCGGAUCCAAUGAAAAUUAAUGAUAAUUAUCAGAUAUUUGUAGAGAAUUCAAAAAAUAAUCAACCAUUUACAUCUGCUACAACCAUUCAACGUGUUCAGAUAAAUGGUGUAAGGAGAAUAGAAUCUCAUCCAUCUAAGGAUAUUUAUAUUACUGGUGCAUCAGAUGGUUCAAUAUAUUUACGUAAAUGGAAUAUUCCAUGUCCAAUUUCUAAAGUUAGAGAACCUGGUUGUUAUGCUAAAGUUACAAAUAUUGCAUUUGCAGUUAAUGGUGAAAAGUUUGCUGCAGUUGACGGUGAUGGUUUAUUGUGUAUGUGGCAAUUGACAAACGAGGGACCAUCUAUGACAAGAACAUUUUUCAAUUCAAGAGCAUAUUCUAAGUCUGCUGCUGAUGUUUGUUACAUGGGUCAUUCUUCUUCAACACUUGUUACUGCUGGACAUGGUGGUGAUAAUGAAAGUGUUAUAUUAUGGGACACAUUACAAAAAAGAGGUAAAAUGAGUAGAUUUUUAAAAGGACAUCCAGAUGGAGCAGUUUGUGUAAAGUAUGUAUCACAAAAUACUAUAUUAAGUGCCGGAAAAUAUGGAGAAGUUAAUAUUUAUGAUAUUCGUGGUUCUGAAAAUCCAAGAACAACAGUAAAAAUAUUUGAUAAUUCAACAGUAAAAUAUAUGACAUUUGACAAAAGUGAAGAUCUUCUAAUUGUUGGUAGUUCAGAAGGUGACAUGAAAGUUUUUAAUUUCGCAACCAAUUUUGAUCUUCGAGAUCCUCCUUUAUUCUUAUUUACAGGAGAACACCAUAAUAAAAGUGGUUUCUCUUUAAGACAAGUUGGAAAUUCAACUGUACAAGGCAUUCAAAAAAUUUAUGUUGAUGAAAAUAGAAGGAUAUAUAGUUGUGGUGGUGAUUUUAGUAUGAAAAUACGAUCUUUACCAAGAAUUAACUAG